AUGUUUGUUUUGUUAGGUAGUGAAGAUUCUGGUGUUUGCAAACAAGCUCGCCUGGACCUCCCAUUUGAAGAAUGGGAUGGUGCUGGACUGCCUUGGUGGUUUUUAGGAAAUCUCAGAUCAAACUAUAUCCCUCUAAGUCGUGGAUCUACGGAUAUUCCAUCAAAUCAGGAUAUAGAUACAGCCCUUGUUUCAGACACAACAGAUGAUUUGUGGUUCUUAAAUGAAAAUCGGUCAGAUCAAAUAAAUGUAGAGGUGACAAUGGAACAUGUGGACUCACAGGAUAGUGAAGAUGAAGAUGCAAGAGAAGAUGAGCGCAAAAAAGUAUUUGAGGUGACUAUUUACGAAGAGGAUUUAGAGGACACACAGAGCCUGAGUGAUGAUACAGAUACUGAUAUUGGAUCUGAGGACUGCUGGCAGUGUACAAAUUGCCAUAAAUUUAACUCCCCAGGCAAACGUUACUGCUUCCGAUGCUGGGCUUUACGCAAAGACUGGUAUGCAGAUUGCCCCCGUCUUGUACAUACCCUCUCCACACCAGCACUUCCUGCCAAGGCCAGUUCCCAAGAAAUUAACAGUGCUGUUGAUAUUCCUGACUGUCGAAGAACAGUGUCUGCCCCUAUGGUUAGAGUUCGAGGACCUGAAAGUGUGUCACAAUUCUUGGAGCCACUAGACCUGGCAUCUAAUAUCAGAAGCCUUUCAGAAAGUACUGACACUCUUUUCAGCUAUCAGUCAGAAGAAACUUCACUGGAGUCUACCAAGCCUCUUUUGGAGCCCUGCAAGCUCUGCCGGCAACGUCCACGAAAUGGAAAUGUGGUACAUGGGCGUACAGCUCACAUGGUAACAUGCUUUCAAUGUGCACGUAGUCUGCAGAAGAAUCAUAGUGGAUGUCCAGUAUGCAACAAACCUAUACAGAUGGUGAUAAAAACAUAUGUGGCAUAG